AUGGAUAGACCGAUAGUGACUGUGAAACAAGGAAAACUGCAAGGAAUCUUUGAAGAAAAUGUUCUUGGAUCUCGUUAUCUCUCUUUCAAAGGCAUACCCUUCGCUGCUCCACCAAUACAUGAAUUGAGAUUUAAGGAUCCCGAACCUCCUGCUCACUGGGAAGGUAUUCGAGAUGCUUCUAAAAAUGCUGGCGAUGUUUGUGCACAGUUGAAUGAAGCAACUGGAGAGGUCAUUGGCAGCGAAGAUUGUCUUUAUCUUAAUAUUUACAUAUCAGAUGAUAUUUAUCAGAAAACAGAAAAUCCAGUUAUGAUUUGGAUUCAUGGUGGGGGUUAUCUUUGGGGUUCUGGUAAUGAUACUAACGUGCGACCUGAUUAUCUUCUAGCAAAAGGUGUCAUUUUAGUGGCUAUAAGCUAUAGACUUGGUGCUUUUGGUUUCUUGAAUCUUGAUCAUGAAGUAGCAAGUGGAAAUCAAGGUUUGAAAGAUCAAGUUGCCGCAUUAAAAUGGAUCAAAGAAAAUAUCGAGGUUUUUGGCGGAAAUCCAAAUAAUAUCACUAUUUUUGGUGUCAGUGCAGGUAGCACUUCCACGCAUUUCUUAACGUUAUCACCGUUGUCUAAAGGUCUCUUCCACAAAGCUAUUCUUCAGAGUGGUAUAGUUACAUGUGAUUGGGCGAUGAUAAGAAACCAACCAGAAGCCAAUUCUUUUAAACUUGCAUCUAAACUUGGCAAUGAUUCUAAAGAUCCUAAAACAGUUGUUGAGUUUCUCAAAACAAAAUCCUUUGCUGAAAUCACCCAAGCACAAUAUACGGUUCUCACUCCAGAGAAAGCGCGCACUCUUUUUGUCCCAUUUGGACCUACAAUCGAUAAUAAAGCAAAAACACCUUUUCUUCCAUGUCCUAUCUCUCAAUUACUUGAUGAUGGCAAUAAAAUACCAAUUAUGAUUGGUACUACUUCUGAUGAAUAUAUCUUUUUCCUUAGAGAUACCAGUGAAGAAACUUUGAAGACAAUGUAUACGGAUCUACCACUAUACAUACAAAAUUUUACAAACUCGCAAAACGCCUUAAAAAUAAUGCAAUUAACUAAACGAAUUAAAGAAAAAUAUUUUAAUAAUAAAUCUGAAUUCACUGUAGAGAGUAUCCCAUCUAUUAUACGAUUUCUGAGUGAUCUGCAUUUUAAUAUUCCUAUUGAAGAUUUUGUGGAUAUGCGAAGGAAAAGGAAGCAAGCACCGACUUAUUUUUACAAAUUUUCCUACAUCGGCGAUCAGAUGACUAUAACGAAGCUUUUGGGGAAUAAAUUGACUGGAACUUCUCAUAUUGACGAUAUGUCAUAUCUUUUUUAUCAACCUAGCUGUAAAAUUAAUGAUCCUGCUCCGCCGGCAGUAUAUACAAGAGAUCGAAAAAUAUUAGAAAUUCUUACAACAAUGUGGACUAAUUUUGCAAAGAAAGGACAUCCUACACCUGUCUUAGAUCAGUAUGUAACUACUAGUUGGGUACCAGCAACAAUGAAUUUUUUUAACUAUUUGGAUAUCAGUGAUGAUCUUCAAUUAUUAACUAUCACUAACCAUGACAAUUCAUUGGCCAAAGAGGUGGAAUUAUAA